CUUUAAUUGUCUUUCCGAUCAUAUGAUGAAUAGUACACCAUUACCGGAAGCAGAUGUCCUACCACUUAUCAUUAGUCAACUGAUAGCUUAUGGAUAUUCUGCCAUUGCUCAAACAGUAGCUGAUGCCACAGGAACUAGUUGUGAUAUGUUACCUAGUUCCAAAUUAUCCGAAUUACUUGGCCUGGGAAAAGAACGACAUCAAGAAGAUUCCGAUACCGAUAUGCCUGAAAAACAAACUGGAGGGAACGAUAUCGUGACCAAUGACUCUACAAGAUCUCACACUGGCUUUGAUCCCGAAGCUAUCCAUUCUCAACCGAAAACGCCAGUGGCAUAUACACAACUUUAUUAUACACAACACAAAGGACCAUGUCGUACAGCAAUUUUCAGCAAAGAUGGACGAUUUGCAGCUACUGGAUCAUUUGAUGCAUCAUUAAAACUCUUAGAUGUGAACAAAAUGAAGAAAAGGACGGGAGGAGCCAGCGACAAACCUGUGAUUAGGACACUUUAUGAUCAUACAGCGCCUGUCAAUGAUAUUGAUUUUCAUCCCAAUGGUUUGGUACUUGCUAGUUGUGCCGAUGAUCAAAGUAUCAAGUUAUUUGACCUUUCCAAAUCCAAUGUGAAACGAGCAUUUAGAUAUCUUCAGGAUACUCAACCUGUACAUUCAAUCCAAUUUCAUCCAUCAGGUGAUUUUUUACUGGCUGGUACUCAAGAUCCACAAAUCCGUAUUUACGACGUCAACACACUUCAAUGCUAUACCAACCGUCAACAUACAGAACGGCAUCAAGCAGCAAUUAGUCAGAUACGCUAUGCUCCAGAAACAGGUCGUAUGUUUGCUUCCUCUUCAGUAGAUGGUACUGUCAAGAUAUGGGAUGGAGUUUCUGGUCAAUGUAUCAAAUCUUUAGAAAAAGUUCAUGGUGGUCUAGCAGUAUCUAGUGUCCGUAUUACGAAAAAUGAAAAAUAUAUCUUGACAGCUGGUAUGGAUUCUUCUUUACGAUUAUGGGAUAUCUCUAGUGGAAAACUGAUGAUGGAAUACAAAGGUCAUGAACAACGAUCUCAAAUGUUACAGCCUGACUUUAGUUACAAUGAAGAUUUUGUAAUGAUUGGUGAUGAAGCUACGACAGAUGUGGUUGUUUAUGAUACACAAACUGGUGUACUUGUCAAACGAAUAACUGGACAAAAUAAUCUUGUACGGUGUGUUGCGACAUCUCCAAUAGAUGAAGGUGUUUUAUCUUGCAGUGAUGAUUAUCGUGCAAGGUAUUAUGGAUCAACAAAUGACAUUACAAUAUGAAUGAUAGACAAGAAAAAAUAUCGUAUGACUACUAUAGUUUAGUCCUUCCUUUUUUGGAUGACAGAUUCAGUCUCCCGCGUCUUUUUUUAGAGUGAAAAAACAAUAAAAAAGAAAACCCAUAGUGAAUUUUUUGUACCAGUCGAUUUUGGCGUUCUUGUGCCUUUUUUUUUCUUUUUUCUCUUUUUCUCUUUUUUC